UUUCUUUUUUCUGGGUUGGUGAUUUCCUUCCCCUUAUGUUUGUGGUUAGAGGCAGAAAAGAAAGCCAAAGAGCCGUGUGAAUUCAUCAGAGAGAUAUCACCAACCCAACUCACUCACCCCUUGCCAUGAUUUCUCUUCUGAAAAAGCCAACCCACUUCUUCUCUUUCUUCCCACUAUAGAGAAACUCGAUAAGCUACCUGGCUUCUUCUCCAUCAUUUCAUUUCUCUUUUUUCAAGUAAAGAUAUUAAAAAAUACAGAGAACAACAUAUAUGCACACACCCCAUCUCUCCAUACAUAUAUGUAUGUGAUGAACGUUGUAAUCAAUUUCACUGCUAUUAUUUUCCUACAUUUAGAUGCUCGUUAACCAUUUCAGGAGUUCUUGCUUAAUUUACCUUAAAUUUUGACUGCAAAAGAGAUGGGGUUUCUUGGACAUGAUGCAUCAAAUCUUAAAGUCCUAGACUGUUUACUGAGGUUAUUUGUCAUUCCCUUAAGUGUCGCCUCCAUAUGGCUGUCUGUCUCCAACCAACAGGAUAAUAGCAGCUAUGGGAGAAUUGAAUUCAGCAAUAUCUCAGGACUCAAGUACAUGGUUGGCAUUAGUGCUGCAUCAGGUGGAUAUGCUCUUCUUACAGCUAUAUCUUUGUGGGUCAGGAGUUUAGUCACUAAAGCAUGGUUCUUCUUUCUUUCUGACCAGAUUGUAGCAUACUUAAUGGUUACAUCAUUGGCUGCACUAACAGAAAUUCUUUACUUAGCCUAUAAUGGUGAUCAAAAGGUGACAUGGAGUGAAGCCUGCAGUUCCUAUGGGAAGUUCUGCAGUAGAUUGAAGCUGGUUUUGGUUCUCCAUAGCAUCACAUUUUGUUGUUUCCUUGUAUUAGCUGUGAUUUCAGCUUACAGGCUCUUUAGCAGAUUUCAGCCUCCUUUAGUUCCUAGUAAAGAGAAUGAAGAAGAAAAUGAAACGCGUAAAUGAACUCAUUUGUGGUGUUAAUAGUUUUGGUUACCAAAAAUCACAUACAUGGAUCAAGUCCAAUUCAGUUGAUCACAUUAUCUGAUAUUGUUGUUACCACUUGUGAGUGGGCAAAAGAUUGAGGAUUUUAAUAUAGUGUUUGAUGAAUAAAAGUUUUUGUCUUUAGAUCUCUG